AUGGAGCGUGCUAUGGGAGAUCUGAACCUUACAGAAUGUCUCAUUUAUCUGGACGAUGUGAUUGUAUUUUCAAAGUCCAAAGAGGAACACUUCCAGCGUCUUACAUCAGUUUUUCAGCGGUUGGAAAAGGCUGGUCUCAAACUCAAAGGAUCCAAGUGCGAAUUUUUUCCGUACCAGUGUCAAGUUCAGGAAGGCAAGGAGAGAGUUAUUGCUUUUGCCAGUCGUGGUUUAAGACCGAAUGAACGGAAUUAUCCGCCCACAAGCUUGAUACUUGAGCAUGCUGAUGCAGAUGGAGAUGUACCAUUUGACACACAUUUCAGCGACAUCGAUUGGGCUUUAGAGCAGAGUAAAGACACCACCCUAGCACGUGUGAUUGAGCUAGUUCAGACAGGUCGGAAACCCACCAGACGUCUUUGUUCUCUAGAGGAUCCUCUUGUCAAACAGUUUUUCAGAGAAUGGCCAAAUUUAUUUGUUAGGGGUCACAUCCUUUAUCGCAAAGGUGUUGUUUCUGGUCAUUCAGUUAACCAACUUGUACUUCCAGAGGUUUUCCGUGAAGUGGCUUUCACAGGACUACAUGAUGACGCUGGUCAUCAGGGUCGGGAGAGAACUUGUAGCCUUUUAAAAUCUAGGUUCUUUUGGCCAGGUUUGGAACAGUUUGUUGAAUUACGUGUUAGAAAUUGUCCUCGUUGUAUUUGUUGGAAGACCCCAGGUAAAGUUUCUGCUGGUUUAGUCCGUGUGGAAUCUUCUUAUCCACUCGAACUCGUUUGUAUGGAUUUUCUGUCUUUAGAAAUGUCCGCGGGCGGGUAUGAAAAUGUACUGGUCAUCACUGACCAUUUCACCCGUUUUGCUCAAGCCAUACCUACGAGGAAUCAGACUGCCCGUACUACAGCCAAAGUCCUUUUUGAGCAUUUAAGCUGCCAUUAUGGCUUUCCAGCUCGCUUGCAUAGCGACCAGGGUCGGAAUUUUGAAGGAGCAGUGAUCGAGGAGCUGUGUAAGAUUGCCAACAUUGACAAGUCUCGCACAACUCCUUAUCACCCACAAGAGGAGAUAGAGUUUUAA